AGUGCUAUUUCAUCAGACCUAGUUCGGAAGAGGAGACGCACGGUGUGGUAAAGUGCCGUUCUCAUUCAACGCCGUCUAAGAGCUACAGUUGUGUAUAUUUUAGUUAAACUUUGUCAAAAUGUCGGACGAGAAUACAAAUCACGACGAAAAGGUACCGAUCAAGGAGGCCGAUGCUGUAAAUGCUGAAGUCGACCUUGAUGACUCGAAAGCCAAAUUUCUGAAUGGCGGUAAAGGCAUGGAUGAGUCCCAUGUCGAAAUUGAAGUUCCCUCUGAAUCCAACGAAUCUUUCGCUGGCCUAGGGAAAGAUGAACUGAUGCAGUAUGUGAACGAUCCUUUUUGGAAACGACUCCGUAUCAUCUUGUUCGUCCUCUUUUGGGUCGGCUGGAUUGCGAUGUUGGCGGCAGCCAUUAUCAUCAUCGUCCUGGCUCCUCGAUGCGCUUACCGCCCCGACCUGAAGUGGUAUAACAAAGAGGCCGUCUACAGCGUCUACCCGAAGAGCUUUAUGGACAGUGAUAAAGAUGGAAAGGGAGAUCUCGGUGGCAUCGAGUCCAAGUCGUCCUACGUUACGGAUGUUCUUGGAGCUAAAGUCCUUUCACUUGGAUCCAUCUACAAGAAAGACACAGGAAAUGGAAUCAUUGACCACAAGGAUGUUGACCUAGUGCUGGGCUCAAUAGAACAGGUGGAUGCCAUGUUGGCCAAGUUCAAGAAAACAGGUGUGAAGAUUGUCUUGGACUUUGUUCCAAACCAUACAAGCAAGAACAGCACCUGGUUCAUGGAAUCCAGAAAAGGCAAGAGUUCCAAGUAUGGUGACUACUACGUGUGGGCUGAUGGCAAGAAUGGUGGACCACCAAACAACUGGGAAAACGUGAAUGGUGGCUCUGCAUGGCAGCUGGACUCCACCCGCAACCAGUACUACUUGUGCCAGGCUGGCCCCGAAUACCCGGACCUCAACCUGGAGAACAACGAUGUUAUGAUGGAGAUGAAGGAAGUCUUGAAGUUCUGGCUCAGUAGAGGAAUCGCAGGAUUCAACCUGAAAGAUGCCAGCCUACUUGUAGAGAACCUGAACACAACGGACCCAGAUGAUGAAUCGACCCAUGUCAAUUACCAGGGCAGCAUCCCAGUUGUCCAGGCUUUCCGUGCCGUUAUCAAUGCCUACUCCGACAAGCCUGGCAGAGAGAGGGUGCUGUAUUCCUCAAUUGAUGGCACCAAGAACCAGACCAUGGCAUACUAUGGCACAUCUGACAAACCUGGCCUUCACAUGGUGGUGGGAACUGGUCUGGUGUCACAGCUUACCACCGCCUGUGAUGCACAAUGUGUAAAGAAGAUGCUGGAUGAUGAGCUGAACGAAAAUACUGUCAACAAGUGGCUGGGAUGGAUGCUAAGUGAUGGUGACAGCAGCCGUGUGAGCCAGAGAAUGGGGGCCAAGGAGAUUGCAGCAGCUGUGUUGCAGUUGAUGCUGCCAGGGACACCCAUCAUGUACUAUGGAGAUGAGGUUGGCAUGAAGGAUGGAACCUUCACCACUGCACAAAUAUCCGGAGUCAGCACAGAUGUGGAGGAGUUGGGUCGUAUGAAGUACCGAACACCCAUGCAGUGGAAUUCUAGAGAGAAUGCCGGCUUCACCGAAGCCUCAUCACCAUAUCUGCCAAUCAAUGCUAAUUACACACAGAAUAAUGUAGCUUCUGAAAGAGCUGUCUUCAGGAAAAAGUCCGUGUUUGAAAAGGUUGCUGAACUGAUUAAACUACGUGAUGCUGAAUCCCUCCAGUUUGGUAAGACCACCACAGGACUCGUCAGUGACAUGGUCUACUUUGUGCGCAAGGCUGAAGGCUUCCCUGGCUAUUUGGUGGUCAUCAACUUCGGAUCAUAUCCUGUCAGUCAUCUGUUCCAGGGCGAUCUGUUCUCUGAGACAGCUACUGUGCUGUUCCACUCUCACCAGGAGACAAAUGUGGGCACUGUCAACCUCCAGAACAAGUACUUGGAGGUACUCGGCGGGGGAGCAGUUAUCCUGAAACUACAUGGUUGACAAGUCAAGACAGUGUCUUGUUGACAUUAGUUGGAGUUUUUGGGAACACCAUUAGUUCAGCAACUGAACUACAACCUUGAGAUUGUCCGUUAAUGGUUCUCAUACAUCAUACUAUUCAUUUUAAGUUGUUUAAGAAUUUGAUAAGGGCAUUUAUAAGAAUAUGUUGGCAUUUGAAAACUUACAGUAAAUAUUGCCAAGAGACACAGAGGAUUCUACGUCCUCAUGUACAUGUUCACACAUAACUAGAAUAAAGCGUAAUGUUUCGUUGAGUGAGUA